AAAGGGUAACUUCCUCUCCUCUGGUUAACAAAAAACAAACAGUCUUGAAAAAUCAAAGAAGCAACCACUUACAGAAACAAUUUCGAAAAAUGGCGAAGCGAUCUAGGGUUAUCACCAUGUCUCCUCUCAUUCUCAACCAGGAAGAUGAAAUCGAAGUCGAUCUCGAUCUCUGGGAAGUCGUUAACCCCUCCGACGGCGAGUUCUCCGACGAUUCUUUCUCCGUCGAUAGUCUUUCCGAUGAUGACGUCAUAUCUCUUGACGACGCUUCCUUUGUCUCACCGACUGUCAUUUCUCCGCCGCCUGAGAUAAUUCCUGUUGCUGACGGUUGUGAUCUCGCCGUGGAUCUGGAUGGUGAUGGUGUUGAGGAUGAUGUCGUCCGCGAUAAAGUUGAUGAGAAUGAUCUUGGAUGGGCUCAACGGCAGAUGAUGUUUCUCGGUGGAGGUUCUGGUUAUUCUGUUGGAAUUACGUACGGAGAUUAUGUGAACGAUGACGGCGAAGAAGAUCGCGGUGGUGAAGAUGGUGAAUACGACGAUUCCUAUGAUCUAGACGAAGAGUUGGUUCCACGUAGCGUGAGUAAGAAGGUGGGGAGACAGAGGAUGAGGAAAUUGGGGAAAAGAGCAAUCGCCAAGGUCUAUGCCUCGAAGAAGAUGUCUCCGUUUUCGCACUUGACACCUGGUAUCGUUCGUGGUAAGCAUGGUCUCAGCAUGAAAAUCAAGUGCUGAUUAUGUUGGAAUUUCGAAGUUUCAAGGCGAUGGGAUGGUUUCUUCAUGAACUCUCGGUAGAAUUCUUCAGUUUCUGGGUUAAUUGAUGUGUAAAUUUGGUAGUUCAAUUUCAAUUCCUCUUUAGUAGUAGUAAUUCGGAUGUUUCUGAAGAUCUCAUUGUACAUGAUGAAGGAGAUUAAAUAACUCGCGUUUUA